UUUAGUUUUUCUAACCAGCACCACCACAUAGAAUGAAACAUUUCGGCGACACAUUUAACGGUCUGUGUUUUGUAAGGAAAUUGUGGAACAAGCAACAUUGAUACUUCCCCUUCAAAAUGGAUUUUCCACAGAAUCCACUGUAGUUUGUUGCAGGCAGCCCACCAGGAUGCUGCAUUAUUUCACACAGACAUUAAAGCAUUAUCCAGUUGCCUGAUUGACCUAAAGUUCCCCCGUUACUGUUCCCAGUGAGCAGACGCAUGUCGCGGAUCAGGACCACGCUCGACAGUGUCACCAAGGCAGUAGGCAGCACAGACCUAAUUUCCAAGUUCUCCCGUCUGAAGCCUGGCAGCUCUGCAGUCGACAGCACCCAUGUGGAAAAAGCCCUGGUCAAAGCAGAGACCGUAACCUCAAACAACACAGCUACUCCCUCACCACCUGAAACCACCAUGAAAGAAGACGAAGAAGGUGAGAGGAACACAGCAGAGGAAGAGUCAGAAAAGCAAUUGCACAAAGUUACAGAAAAGCCUUUUGUUGUCACCAAGAAGUCAACAUCCAGUUUAGCUUCAGCGGCAAGUGUGCCUGGCCCGAGCUCGUCCUCCACUGUGGCAAAACAAACUAUGCAGCUGUUUCACCCAGCAGCUCUUUCAACCAAUAUGGAUGAGACCUACAAAACUCUGGCUCAGCACAUCAAUAAUUACUUUGGCACCAACACACAGGUAGAAGAUGGAGAGAACAGGCCACUGCAGCAGCACAGAGGAGGGGAUGAUCCUGCUUGUGAGCCUGUUCCUCACCUUACCCCUCAGAGAACAGGGGAUCACAUUCCUAUUUUGUCUCCAGUGGCAGAGUCUAAGAGUAUUGAAGCGCCAGCUACCUCUCCUGUCCCUCCUUCACCAUCAGAAAAGCUCAGUCCUCCAGUAGGAACGCCCUCUUCUGACACCCCUGCAACAGAAAAUGCAGCUCAGUCCAUCCCUGUACCCACUACCUCAACUAAAAAAGGCUUCACCCACUAUCUAUCCUACCCUCGUCCCAGCGUUCAGGCUUUUGUUGGUAGUUACAUAGCUCCACUGGUCCCCAAAUUCAGAGGUGACUCCAAAAACAUCCCACCUGAGAAAGAGAAGGCUUCGGCCAUCGCUGGGGAAGAGCCCACUGCAGACAAAGCAGGAGAGAAGACAGACAGUGAAGAGGAGAAAGUGGAUAAAGUGAAGCAACAGCAGUUGACUCAAAGGCAGAAGAUAAUAGCCAGGGUGAGUGUGGACAAUAGGACCAGAGCUCUGGUGAAAGGCCUGCAAAGGGUCACUGAUGUCAAACUUCUUGCUUCUCGGGUGGAGGAGCUCAGCUAUCACCUCCUGGAGUUCCCAGAGACCCGAGGUGUCGCUAUCAAGGAGAGUGUGCUGCCCUGCCUGCUGCGUUUGCGCCAGGCCAGAGACCUUCCUCUUCAGGCCGCUGUGAGAGAAGCGCUGGCCCUGGUUGGCUACACCGAACCAGUCAAAGGAAGAGGAAUUCGGGUCCUGGCCAUAGAUGGAGGGGGAACACGGGGACUGCUGGCCCUGCAGACUCUCCAUAAAUUGCAAACCCUGACUGGGAAACGAGUCCACCAGCUCUUUGACUACAUCUGUGGAGUCAGCACAGGUGCCAUCUUGGCCUUCAUGUUGGGGAUUUUUCAAAUCCCCCUAGAAGAGUGUGAGGAGAUGUACAGGAAGUUGGGCUCGGAUGUGUUCAAACAGAAUGUCAUCGUUGGAACUGUCAAGAUGGGCUGGAGCCAUGCUUUCUAUGACAGCGAAAUCUGGGAAAACAUCCUCAAGGAACGGAUGGGUGAGGGAUGUAUGAUUGAGAGUGCCAGGGACCCACACUGCCCUAAAGUGUCAGCAGUGAGCACUAUUGUGAACAGGGGUUUACCUCUGAAGGCCUAUGUGUUCAGGAACUACAGACUCAUGCCAGGAGUGAGAUCCCACUACCCUGGAGACUGCCAUCACAAAAUGUGGCAGGCUAUCAGGGCCUCGUCUGCCGCCCCAGGCUACUUCCAGGAAUUUGUCCUGGGAAAAGACCUUCAUCAGGAUGGAGGACUUCUGAUAAACAACCCCACAGCACUGGCCAUCCAUGAGUGUAAGUGUCUGUGGCCAAACACACCUCUGCAGUGUGUGUUGUCUCUUGGCACUGGACGGUAUGAGGCGGCGGGCAAGAACAGCACGACCUACACAAGCCUGAAGACCAAGCUCACCAACGUCAUCAGCAGUGCCACAGACACCGAGGAGGUGCACACCAUGCUGGACGCCCUCCUGCCCCCUGACACCUACUUCCGCUUCAACCCCUACAUGAGCGAGGACAUCCCGUUGAACGAGAGCCGCGUGGAGAAGCUGAACUUCCUCAAGAGCGAGGGAGAGCGCUACCUGGAGCGCAACGAGGCCAAGCUGAGGAAGGCUGCUAGCGUGCUGGGCCAGGAGAAGAGCACCAUCCAGAGACUGGCCGAGUGGGCCAAGCUCAAGGCCGACAUGUACGAGGGUCUUCCCUUUGUCUCCAAGCUGUAGAUGUUAGCCUGGCAACAGUGUGACCACGAACAAGUUGUUAAGGUAAGAAGGGAACAAACUGGACACAUUUUUUAAGCAUCUAGGGAAGUGAUACUAAAUGUUUACAUGGUUCGGUCAUCAUCCAUCUAACCCUGAAAGAUGAUUAUUCAUAAAAAAAAGACAGUACUAUAAAUAUUAGUAUGAAAUUACAAAUGUGAUGUAAUUUAUUCUUUGUGAGAUAAUAUGUUGGAUGGAGACUGAAAGAAUUCAGCAGGUUUUGAUACGAGGUUGAGAUCAAUCACUUGACUGAUCAGACAAAGGAAGUAAAUGUAAAUGUAUGAAUUUUAAACUGGCUGAAAGCCUUGGUUUGCUGAUUGGUGUUGACCGUACUACAGAAACGGUAUUAAGAAUUAAUGCCAACAUGAUAGGAUAACUGUGGUACAGACAUGUACAGACAUAAGACUGAUGUUCUUUUGCAUUUUCGGUAACUUGAAUACAUUAAAAUGUAAUUAAUACAUGAUUGCUUAGUGAGAGCAUAAACAUGACUGCCUAUUUCUAACACUGUACAGGAGAAAGACCUCAUGCACUUUGUAAAAUAGAAUUCUUAACUGAGAAUAUGUAAAUAAUAUUUGAAGUACAAAUUAUCUUUUUGAGUGUUAUUGCCAGAAUUUAGGAAUGAGAUAAAAGAAAUACACUAUACACUAUAUUACACUAUGUACUGGCACCCAUACUGACAUCUGUUCUCAUACUUAAAAUAAAGUAUUAGAAUGUGAUCAGCGUUAUCCUUGUGGUACAAAGCAUGUUCUUCUUUGUUCCUCUGAAUUGUGGCCCAUUAGUUAGUGUGAAACUUUUGCCUUUAACCUCACUUAAGCCUGAAUUCCUCGGCCCCGGCAUUUGUUGCUUUUCGCUUUAUAAAUCUGACAUUUCUCAUUAUCCCCUGAUUCCUCCCUUCCUCAUUCAUUUGUGGAAUGCGAAAAUUAAGAAAGUGUCAUGAAAUAAUAAAACUUGGUUUU